UCCUGAGCCGAGGCGAGCCUGGCAGGGAUGGGUAACCGGGUCACCCGCGGGGACUUCGAGUGGGUUUACACCGAGCAGCCCCACACCCAGCGGAGGAAGGAGAUUUUGGCCAAAUAUCCAGCCAUCAAGUCUCUAAUGGGACCAGAUCCCCAUUUAAAAUGGAUUGUGACAGGAAUGGUAUUCACUCAGCUUCUUGCCUGCUACCUGAUGAGAAAUUUAGCCUGGAAGUGGGUUUUCUUCUGGGCCUACAGUUUUGGGGGCUGCAUCAACCACUCCAUGACGCUAGCAAUCCAUGACAUCUCUCACAAUGUGGCCUUUGGCAACAAGCAGGCCAGGUGGAAUAGAUGGUUUGCAGUCUUCGCCAACUUGCCUGUUGGAUUACCUUACUCUGCCUCUUUUAAGAAGUACCACAUUGACCACCAUCGAUACCUUGGCGGAGAUGCUUUGGAUGUGGACAUCCCUACUGAUUUUGAGGGCUGGUUCUUCUGUACUCCGUUUCGGAAACUGAUCUGGCUUGUUUUCCAGCCAUUUCUUUAUAGUUUGAGGCCACUAUAUGUCAACCCUAAAGCAAUUACUGAAAUGGAAAUAUUUAAUGCUUUGGUACAAUUCUCUGUUGACCUUACAAUCUAUUAUUUGUGGGGUUGGAAGCCUAUUGUUUACUUAAUAGCAGGAACGAUCCUGUGCAUGGGUUUGCACCCUGUUUCUGGGCAUUUCAUAGCAGAGCAUUACAUGUUUUUGAAAGGAUAUGAAACAUAUUCGUACUACGGACCACUCAACUGGAUCACCUUUAAUGUUGGCUAUCAUAUGGAACACCAUGAUUUUCCCAGCAUUCCUGGAUGUAGGCUGCCAAUGGUAAAGAAAAUAGCAGCAGAAUAUUAUGACACCCUGCCUCAGCACCAGUCAUGGAUUCAUGUUCUCUGGAACUUUGUUUUUGAUGAUAACAUCGGUCCUUAUUCAAGGGUUAAAAGAAAAUGCAAAUUGGUUUCUGAAUCCUGCUAAAUACCAACUCCAGCUUUUUCUCUCUGGACUUCUGCACCUUGUAUUUCUUUCCUUCGCAAAUACAAAUGAUACAUUUUAUGAAGCGUCCUAUGUAGGCCUAGCUGAUGUGUAUUUCUGAUUCCAAUGGAUUUUUCUUAAAUCCAAGUAUGAAGAAAUAUUCAAAUGAAGCUGGUGAAAAAGCUUUUGCUUUACUACUGUGCAGUACAAAAGUCAGGAACACAGUCAGAGGAGGGAGGAGCUUGAAUUUACAGACCUGGAAAGUAAAGAAAGGUGGCUAGCUCUAUAUACUUUGACGAGUUAAGAGUACAAGGUUGGGGAAGUCUGACAUUUGCAUACAAUGGACUUCUAUCUCUGUGGGUAGAUAGGGAAUUCUUCAGGUAGAGGAAGAUGGAGGAUCUCCACUCCAUUUAAGUAGCUUGUAAGUAACGUGCAACUAUGUGGGAAUUCCUCAUCUCAUACUGUUAUGAUAGACAAUGGUUUUGAGAGCUAUAAAAUAAAGAUUAUCGAUUCUUAGAGGAGAGGUUUACCAAUGUAUAUUCGUUGCAAUGAUUAAAUUUCCACACUGCUGCAAGCAUGGGUUACUAAGUGCCCAGUAGUGUACAUUUAAGGAGACUGAACUUGUACAAGGAGACAGCUCUGUUUAUGGCUUUAAGUUAUAUAACACAAAGAGAAAGCUCACAUGUACCUACUCAGAAGUAAUCUAAAUAGAAAUUAAUGCAAUCAUCAAGGUAAAUGGGCUUAGGAUUGCAUCCUAAAAUGGACUGAAACAAGUAUAUUCUUAACACAAUUAUGUGUAAUUGGGGAGAUAACACAGCUUGAUAGUGAUG